AUUCUGCGAUCUCAGCCGUUGAUGGGCCGAAUUCAUGAAGGUUAUGUCUAUGAAAUCUAGGGCUUACACCAUCAUCAUCUUCUUCUUCUUCUCACCUUCUUACCCUCCUCCCCCAUCGCUUUCACCUCCCCUCCCAUGUCUUCCAAUUUCCACCACCACCAUCGACACCACCCAAAUCUUCCUUUCAACUCUCAGAUCUUCCCCACUUCUUGUCCCCACCUCGCCGACUUCCGUUCUCGAAAUGGUUCCAAGUCCUUCCGCCUUCUACAAGACUGCCUUCGCGUCAAGCCCCCCGGUGGCCGCGCCGCCAUCCGUCGAGACCCUAACGAGGUUCCCCGAUGUGGUUCCUGCGGUGAUUCCGCUCGUCCAAGGCUCUAUGCUUGUGUGACCUGCGCCGCCGUGUCCUGUCACGCGCCGCCCUCCCAUUCCCAUGCUGCGGCUCACGCCGAAUCAAUGCCGCCAGGUCAUGAGAUCGCUGUCGACGUCGAUCGUGCCGAGCUUUUUUGCUGUGCUUGCCGCGACCAGGUUUAUGAUCGCGACUUUGACGCUGCAGUGGUGUUGGCUCAAACGACGGCGUCUACUCUUGGCGGGAAUGCGGUCUCUUCUAGUGGAGCACCGCCGUCGCAGCCUCUGCUCCCGCCGGAGAAUCUGAGGAAGCGGCGGAGGGUUGAUUAUCAGCCGUGGGUACCGGAUCUGAGGGAGAGGGUUUUAGUGGGUACUAAUUCGAGUCCACUUGAUUGUGCGAAUUCCAAUCCGGGUUCUGAAUCUGCGUUGCCCUGGGGGUUGCGGGGAUUGAACAAUUUGGGGAAUACGUGUUUUAUGAACUCGGUCUUGCAAGCAUUGCUGCAUACUCCGCCGUUGAGGAAUUUUUUCUUGAGUGAUCGUCACAAUCGCUAUUUUUGUCAGAGAAAUGUCAAUGUGGGCAAUAAAAAUUCGAAUGCCAACGAUGGAAAUGGCAGUAAAAAUUCGCGCAGCUGUCUGGCUUGUGAUCUGGAUUCUAUAUUUUCUGCUGUCUUCUCCGGUGAUCGGAUCCCUUACAGCCCAGCAAAAUUUUUAUUGAGCUGGUGGCAACAUGCUGCAAACCUCGCAAGUUAUGAACAACAAGAUGCACACGAAUUUUUCAUCUCUAUUCUCGAAGGCAUCCACGAAAAGGUAGACAAAGAUCGGCGAAAACCUUACAGUCAAGGCAAUGGAGACUGUUGUAUUGCUCAUAGAGUAUUUUCGGGCAUAUUGCGAUCUGAUGUCAUGUGUAUGGCAUGUGGUUUUACAUCGACAACUUAUGAUCCAUGUGUAGACAUCUCUUUGGAUUUGGAACCAAAUCAAGCGGGAUCUGCGAAGAUGGCGGCCACAAGGAAUCUUCCUUGCAAUGGCGAGGCAGAUUGCAUGAACUCGAGCCAAAACCAGCGGCUAUCUUCCCUGGUGGGUUGUUUGGAUCAAUUCACUAGACCCGAAAAACUCGGGUCCGACCAAAAAUUCUUCUGCCAACAGUGUCAAGUGCGGCAGGAAUCACUCAAACAGAUGUCCAUAAGAAAGCUUCCAUUAGUUUCUUGUUUCCACAUUAAAAGAUUCGAGCAUUCUUCAGUUCGAAAAAUGUCAAGGAAGGUGGACCGAUAUUUGCAGUUUCCGUUUUCUUUAGACAUGGCACCUUAUCUCUCAUCUUCAAUCUUGAGAAGUCGAUUUGGUAAUAGGAUUUUUCCUUUUGAUGGAGAUGAACAAGAUGGUUGUAAUGAGACAUCGUCUGAGUUCGAGUUGUUUGCCGUUAUCACUCACAAAGGAAAAUUGGACGCUGGUCAUUACGUGACCUACUUGCGGCUAAGUAAUCAAUGGUAUAAGUGCGAUGAUGCUUGGAUUACCCAAGUCAACGAAAACAUCGUCAGGGCUGCACAAGGAUACAUGAUGUUUUAUGUGCAGAAGAUGCUCUAUUACAAAUCUAGUGAGAAACAGAAUGCUUCAUAACUUGAUUAUGGGACGAGAUCGGUUGAAACUCAAUCGAUUAUGUUUGUUUUCCAUGAAAGCCAGGAAUCGAUAUUGUUUUCAGUGACAAGCUGAGCUCUAAGUGGAUGCCUACACAUUCUAGUAGAAGAUCCAGGCGUGCCCAAACUUUUUGGGGAGGAUCAUUGUCAGAUCCCUACUAUUUGAAGGGAACUUCUGGUACCUUUUUCUAACUCCCUUUUCACUACUAAUCAAGUAAUGUUGGUGACUUGCCAUGGAGUGUUUCAGUACUUGGAGUUGUGGCUCAGCAGAUUACUGAUCUCUCUUCACAUACCAUGAAGAAGAGGUAUGAAAAAUCUAAUUUUAGAGCUCUCUCUCUCUUUAGAUAUCUCUAAGAAUUUCGGGUUCUUCGUGUCCCGGGCUUCCGAUUUUGAAAUUUAUCCAUCAUUUUUUUUGGUGGAUAACCACCUAUUAAUUCAAACAUGAAACAGUACAAUGAAAGGCUGCCUCUUCAGCCUUUUUAUUACACGUGAUUAAUACUGAUGAAUUUAAGUCUCCAUUGAUUCUGUCUCUGAUUAUUCUAUUUAUUGACAUGAACAUAUGAACGUUUAUGACAUUUUCAGUCUGAUUCUGUUGACAUAUGUUUCAAAAAAGUUACAAAAAAGUUGUGUUCAAAGUCGAGUUUUGCUGUUGAUGAAGAAAGAGCUCUCUAUAAACUUGUGUGUACGUUCCAAGUUCUUGUUGAUCACACCCUUUGAAUUACUUCUGUGCAUUCUGAAUAUCUCUAUCUGAACUUUGUUGUCAGCUAUGAACCCUACAAAGAUCUGAGAGAAAAAAGGGAGAAUUUUACAGCA